CAAAAAUCUUUUUUUUUUUUAUGAUAAUAAACACCAAAAAUCUAAAAUUCACUAGUUUCCCUGAAAUUCCAAUUCCUUCCUUUGGCCCCGAAAAGUCAAAAUUUCUCAUCUCUCUCUGAAUUGAUCCCAAAUUCACUCCGAUUUAAGGAUCGAGGAGAGAGAAAUCCCGAAAUCAAAGAGCAAGGAUGCAUUCUUUUGGGUACAGAGCAAAUGCGCUGCUAACUCUAGCAGUCACCAUUCUUGCAAUUAUGUGCGCCGUCGCUUCUUUUUCCGACACUUUCAAUUCCCCUUCUCCCACUGCUGAAAUUAAGGUGGUUAACAUUCACAGGUUUCAGAAACUCUCCAAUGGCAAUGAUGAGGUUGCCAUGGUGUUGAAUAUCUCAGCAGAUCUCCAGUCAUUGUUUACAUGGAAUACAAAGCAGGUGUUUGCAUUUGUUGCAGCUGAGUAUGAAACCCAUAAACAUGUACUGAAUCAGCUUUCACUGUGGGAUACUAUAAUACAAUCAAAAGAAAAGGCCAAGUUUUCAGUUAGUAUCUCAAACAAGUACCGAUUUACUGAUCAGGGGAGCAAUUUGCGAGGCAAGGAGUUCAACUUGACACUACACUGGCAUGUCAUGCCCAAGACUGGAAAGAUGUUUGCUGACAAAAUUGUGCUUUCAGGAUACCGCUUGCCAGAGCAAUACAGAUAGAUGAUCCACCUAUUGGAGUUAGAUUGAGUGAGGUUUAGAGCUUCUGUUUUAAGGAUGUUGUUAAUGUCACAUGUUUAGACAAAUUUUAAAACAACGAAACAGGUACAGCUUUGAAUUUUUAUUCAAGUUGAACAUCAACGGAAAUGCAAGGCUGAUUUUGACUGCUGUCUCAAUGACCAAUGAUAUAAUUAUUGAA